AUGUCAAUUCCGACCCCUACUGAACCAUUUUCUCAUUUAUCGCUGGAACCCCGUUCACCGGCUACGCCUUCGCCUACGUCACCCAUGGCAACGCCAGAGACCUUGAGGGCCAGAGCACGUAUGAUCCAGGAUGUGCUCUCAACAUUCAAUGAUACUGCUCUCCCAACGGAAACGGUCCCUGACUACUUCAAGAACGUCGACGAGAAUGCGGAUAGGUCUCCCUCACAGCGUCCAAGGAGCAGCGAAUGGACAAUACCUGGAAGGCUUGAAGCAAGCAUAUUGCAAUGGGGUUCGUAUCACGACCAGAGCUUUGAGGUUGUCUCUUUGUGGCAGAGCACAGACAAUCGUGCCAAGAUUUUUCAGGAGAAAUUGAAAAGCCGACUCAACGACCAAUUGUCGAUAUAUGACAGUAUAGCUCAAGAGCCGCCCAACUCUCUGACUAGGCUCAAGGACAUGCUUGGACCACUUAUCAAUGACUUCCGAAGGCUUUCGGGGAUUUUCAGCGACGACCGACAACGACGCCAGUCGGAGGCAGUCGCACUUGUUCCAGAGGUGGAGAUGCUCGCGGUGGCACUGGAUACGUUGGACGCUGUCUGUCAAAGGUCUCAACCCAUCGUUCCGAUUGGUGCAGAGUCUUCACGCAGAACCAGAAGGCGUGUUUCCUCGGAACCAGGCAUCAGCCUGUUCGGUUUGCUCAUUCUUCAGCCAGAUACAGAGCAAAGUCCCUUCUUGCUAGAAGGCCUUGACCAGUUUUCCACAUCCGUACUGAAAGCUUGCACAGCAAAGCUGAUAUCAAUAGAGGAGCUUCUACGCACGAAGAUGGCACCAAAGUCUUACGUCGAUACGAUCGAAGCAUUGCUGGAGAGGGCCGAAGAGACGCCGUUGGGGCCCGCGCAUCCGAGCGGACCAGGAAGCGGCCGCCGACGCGGCCUCGAGGCAGAACCACGACCUGGAUCGAAAAGAACACAGCCUGGUGCUGAAUUAGAGACUCCCAAGAGAGGCAAGAGGUCAGAUGGCAGAUGA